UCUCAUAGUAGCAACCAGUGGGGAAAUGGUUUUGCUUUCGGUGCCCACCGAAGUCACUGUGAUCCUGUUAGAUAUCGAAGGUACCAACCCGACUGCUUUCGUGAAGGACAUUUUAUUUCCUUACAUCGAAGAAAAUGUUAAAGAGUAUCUGCAGACACAUUGGGAAGAAGAGGAGUGCCAGCAGGAUGUCAAUAUUUUGAGGAAACAGGCUGAUGAGGACUCCCACCUGGAUGGGGCUGUUCCGAUCCCAGCAGCAUCCGGGAAUGGGGCGGAUGUCCUGCAGUGGAUGAUGCAGGCCAUGGUAGUUAUCAUGUGCUGGCAGAUGUCUCUGGACCGGAAGACCACGGCACUGAAAUACCUGCAGGGCCACAUGUGGAGGGCAGCAUUCAAAGCUGGGAGCAUGAAAGCAGAGUUCUUUGAAGAUGUGGUUCCAGCAGUCAGGAAAUGGGGAGAGGCUGGAAUGAAGGUGUAUAUCUAUUCUUCAGGGAGUGUAGAGGCACAGAAACUGUUAUUUGGGCAUUCUACAGAGGGAGAUAUUCUUGAGCUUGUGGAGGGUCACUUUGAUACCGAGAUUGGACACAAAGUGGAGAGUGAGAGUUAUCGAAAGAUUGCCAGCAGCAUUGGGUGCUCAGCCAACAACAUCUUGUUUCUGACGGACGUUACCCGAGAGGCCAGCGCUGCUGAGGAAGCCGACGUGCAUGUAGCUGUGGUGGUGAGACCUGGCAAUGCGGGGUUAACAGAUGAUGAGAAGACUUACUUCAGCCUCAUCACGUCCUUCAGUGAACUGUACCUGCCUUCCUCAACCUAGAGGAGGAGUUCUAAGGAAGAACAAACUGUCUUCACGGAGUUGUCCCUGUAGUCUAGUUUUAUUCUAAUGGUAAAAGUAAUUUACUUAAAAAAUACAUGUAUACACAUACA